AUGAAGAAAACCGGGAAGAGUGACAAGGUGCCCGAGCCUUCUGGCACAUGGCCUGUGCUCGAGCACUUGCCGCUACUAGCAAAGUCGCGGCCCCCAUGGAGAGCCUUCGCCUAUCUUGCAAACAAAUAUGGCCCGGCUUUCAGCAUACGCACGGGGUCGAAACAGAGUUUGGUGGUGAGCAGCUGUGAGCUCGCCAAGAAGUCCUUCACCAAGAAUGACAAGAACUUUGCAAGCCGACUGCUCACCACGGCCACAAAGUUGUUGGCUUAUGACUAUGCAGUGUUCGUCAUUUCCCCCUAUGGGCGUGUCUCUGAGCUCGACGCAUGUGUAAGAGAGAUUUACAGACUCUAG